AUGAAGACUGCUGUGAUCCUUAUUUCCCUGUUCGCGGCGACUAUCAGUGCUGAAGUUGAACCUUCGUAUGGGUAUGGGGGUGUCAAGUUCUGCAAACACUGGAACCAAGGCCAGCCAUGUAUUACAUUGGACUGCUGUUCUUCAUGUGAUAAUAUGCCGUCUGAUUGGAAUGAUCAAGUGUCCUCGUAUCAGGUAACCCGGGGUUGCGGACCUUGCACCUUCUAUGAGCACAAUGACUGCGGAGGGGCCUCCUUCACUUCACAUGACAACGAACCGCAGAAUGUCCCUGAAGGAUGGUGGAAUGACAGGAUUAGCUCUUACAGGUGCUCAUGA